GGGCGUCUGCUUCCGGGGCGGCCGCCGAGCCCCGCCCGCCCCCGGCUCCACGUGGUGCGCGCGGCGGCCAUGGCCGAGCUGCCGGCCGAGCUCCCGGCCGAGGUGCGAGCCUUCCUGCGAGAGCACCCGAGCCUCCGGCUGCUGCCCGGCACGCUCAAGGUCCAGUGCUCCCUGACCGGCCACGAGCUGCCCUGCCGCCUGCCUGAGCUCCAAGUCUACACCCGCGGCAAGAAAUACCAGCGGCUGGCGCGCGCCUGCCCCGCCUUUGACUACGCCGAGUUCGAGCCGCACAUCGUGCCGAGCACCAAGAACCCGCACCAGCUGUUCUGCCGGCUCACCCUGCGGCACCUCAACAAGUGCCCGGAGCACGUGCUGAGACACACGCGCGGCCGUCGCUUCCAGAGAGCCCUGCGCGAGUAUGAGGAAUGUCACAAGCGAGGGAAGGAGUUUGUGCCCGCCUGCCUGCGGCACCGCCGACAGCACCGGCAGGACAAGCCAGACGGCGCCGGGCCCGAGCAGAAAGCCUUCUGGGAGCCCACGCCAGGGGACGAGGAGGGGACCCUGAGUGACGACAGCAUGACAGACCUGUACCCACCGGAGCUGUUCAGCAGGAAGGACCUGGGGGGGCCCGAGAGCACGGAUGGUGGCCCCCUAACAGAUGAGGAUGACAUGAGGCCGGGGCACCCGGCAGGGCGGAGGAGGAAGGACAAGGACAAGGACCCGCAGCGGGUCCCCAAGCGUCAGAAGAAGCAUGUGGGCCCUGCGCAGAGGAAGUUCAGACGCCGUCAUGGCACCGCGGGUUCCAGCUGCUGCCAGCAGCCAGGCUCCUGA